UGUUUCAGGGCUCUAGGCUGUAUCCUGUAUGAGAUGUGUUGCCUGUCACACGCCUUUGAAGGACACAACUUCUUGUCAGUUGUGAUGAAGAUAGUGGAGGGAGAAACCCCCAGACUGACAGCCAGUUACUCUCUGGAGCUCAACACACUCAUGCAAAGGAUGCUGAAGAAAACCCCGUCAUCCAGGCUCUCUGCUGCAGAAGCUCUGAAAACUAAAUUCAUUGAGGACAGUAUGCAGAUCUUAAAACACAAGUUCUGUAGUCUGACACUGAGAGACAAGACAUCGGCGGGAGAAAGAGACGCAGCACAGAUAUUGAAAGCGGUGCAGAGAAAGGUGCACCUUCAGACACUGAGGGAGAAGUCAGAGCUAGACAUAAUGACCCCCAGGGAGAGAAUGAGGCUGAGGAAGCUGCAGGCUGCUGACGACAAGGCCAGGAGGCUUAGGAGACUUGCUGAGGAGAAAUACCAGGAAAACCACUUCCGAAUGCAGGAGCUGAGGAGCCGCCAUUUCGAGAAAGUCAGUUUGGACGUCUUGAAUGAGAGUGCAGGAGAUGCAGUCCACCAGACUGCACCAAUCACAGCUGAGGACUACCGGUCACUGGGUUGCUCACAACCAAUGGGAAGGCAGCAGCAGGACAAGAUGCGAAUGUCUGAGCCAGUGGGGCGUGAGAUCCCAGAGGACCCUCAGACUGCAGAGGUGUAUUAUUACAUGGAUGGAUUUGAGUCCUGCACUGAUGAAGAGGAGGAGGAAAGAGAGGAAGAGGACACCCUGACCUCAGAAACCCUCUGUCAUACCUAUGGACAGGACAGCGACCUGGAGGCCAUGAUGAGACACAUGGAGCAGGUUCUGGAAGGAGAGCUCAGCGUGGCUGAAGCAGUGCCAGAAGAGGGCCAGUGUGGCCCCAUGGGGCCUCCAGUCAUCAGCAGCACCAUGGCUGAGACAAGGAUUCAGCGCAUGACUGAGUCAGUGUCCCGUCGGCUGGGUCUAACUGUCUUCCAGAGGGUGUAUAACUACCUGAAGGGAGCCAGGGAGAGGCAGGAGGAUGAGGGGAGCAUCAGACAGGCCCUAAGCAGCCUGGUGGAGAGGCCCAGUGAUGGCUUUGAAGUGGACCAACUACUGUACUACGAGGAGCAGCUUCAGGGAGCCAGAGAGGGAGCCAGAGAGGGAGCCCGGUGAAAAACAUGUCUGACACUCACCAACCUGCGAUCAUGUUGCCUAUCCAAGCAUUUCAGAAAGAGCACAUCUUGUUGCUCUCCAGGACCAGGGUUGAUGACCUAGUAGAUCAACAGAGAUGACAGACAUUUACUUCAUGAUAGACCAGGGUUGAUGACCUAGUAGAUCAACAGAGAUGACAGACAUUUACUUCAUCUUAGACCAGGGUUGGUGACCUAGUAGAUCAACAGAGAUGACAGACAUUUACUUCAUGAUAGACCAGGGUUGGUGACCUAGUAGAUCAACAGAGAUGACAGACAUUUACUUCAUGAUAGACCAGGGUUGGUGACCUAGUAGAUCAACAGAGAUGACAGACAUUUACUUCAUGAUAGUUUUUUUUUUUUUUCCUGUCAUUUCCAUCUAGAAGAACAAGCAAUUCAAUUAAAUCAAUAUUGAAUAUUAGUGCAUAGAUUUUGGGCUAUAUUCUAUCAGAUCAACAUAGUGGUUGUUUUGGCGGUGUCAGAGGGGGAACGGCGUUAGAGCGGUCCAAAAUCCACAAGCGGCUCAUUUCGUUAGCUUGGCAUGACAAUUUAAUGCAACAAAACCAUAUGACUUUAUAAUCCGACAAAUCCCAUGCAGCAACGUUAGAAGUUCAUGCAGCUGCAUUCAAACAUUCAAAUGCGUGAUGUUCAGUUGUGUGCACCUUGAUUGGACAGAUAGGCUAUUACAUACCCUAUCCAAAUGAACAUGAAAACUAUCAGGUAUGAAGGUAAGACCCAGGCAAAAGACAGGUCAACGCAGGCAGGGGUCAGUAAACCAGAGGUGAGGCAACUGUACCGGACGGCAGGCAGGCUCAGGGUCAGGGUCAGGCAGAGUGGUGAGGCAGGCGGGCUCAGAGUCAGGACAGCCAAGGGUCAAAACCAGGAGGGUGAGAAAAAGAGAGACUGGGAAAAGCAGGAGCUGAGAACAAAACACUGGUUGACUUAAACUGGCAACAGACAAACAGAGAACACAGGUAUAAAUACACAGGGGAUAAUGGAAAAGACACCUGGAGGGGGUUGGAGACAAUCACAAAGACAUGUGAAACAGAUCAGGGUGUGACAAAAACAUGCAUUAGCCGACACUCUCUAUCCCAGUUUUGAACUUCUAACGCAGUAGGGAUAAUAAGGAGGGGAGUGGUUUGUUACACACAAGAGCAGCCGCUCACCUAUUUCAGGUUGAAUGCAUUCAGUUGUGCAACUGCCUAGGUUUCCGAUUUCCCUAUUUGAUCUAUCAGAUGAAUAUGUUCUCUGUGUGUGUGUGUGUGUGUGUGUGUGUGUAUGUGUGUAUAUUCCAACCUUUCAUCUCCACACUGCAUGGGUUUGUUUUUUGCUUUUUCAUGUGAACCAGGAAACUCCCAGGAGUUCCCAUAGUAACACCAUAUUAGUCUUGAUCAUCAAGCUGAUGUUUUCAUUGUGUGGUUCAUCAAAAUCUGCUCCAAGAUAUGGAGACCAAAAAUAUCUUAACAAUUGUAUAAAUAUGGAAAUUAUUUAUGUUACCUGUCUGUAUGUUCAUAAAGCAUACAUGACACAUCAUAAACAUGACAUAACCAUUAAUUAUGCUUCGUAGCUCUGUAAUUCUCCAGAAAUGGGAUUACUGUUCUCUGCAAACUCAUUAGAGACUAUUGACUGUUUGAUGACAACCAGGUAGACAGUUAUUGUUCUUUCUCAUCUCAUAUAAUUCCCAUUUCAGACACAUAUAGAAUAAUGGCGUCAAUAAGAGGUGGUAUUGAUUAAGCUGGGUGUGCAUAGCUACUCUUGCCCCUGGGCUGAAGACAGGCCUGAUUUCUGUACGGGCCUUUCCUCUCCAACAUCAAUAGUAAUACUAUUAGCAUAACCUCUUAUCUCUCCAAGGAACUGCACAGACUGUAUGAAUAUUGGCCAUUAAAAGUAAAUGACUUCUGAAGACAGUCAUUGCCUGGUCCUCUAACAUCCUUUUAGAUGUCUCUACUACAGACAGCCUUUUGCUUGACAAUAAAGCAUUUAUGAAAAUCCA